AUGAAUAACAAUGAUUCUGAAUCUCUUCCACAUGACCUCAUUAUGUAUGAUAUACUCACUAGAGUUCCUAUUGAAUCUGUGGUCCGGUUCACUUGUGUAUGCAAAUUAUGGUCAAAGACCCUCUUAAACGACAAGAGAUUUGCUCUUCUUCAUCAAAAGAACUCUCCUUAUUCAUCACCACCAGGUAUCAUUGAUUCCAAGCUCGAUAAAAAUACUUGUAAAUAUUAUAUAUCAUUAUUUGACGUUGAUAAGAAUAAAAGAAAGAUUAUUAGGUUUAGACCAGCAACUAAUUAUUAUCGGCUUUGUUAUAUGGAAAUUAAACAACAUUUUAAUGGCUUACUGCUGAUUCAUCGUCGUAAAUAUUAUCAUGAUUACAUUGUUUACAACCCGAUUACGAGUCGUUCUGUUGUCCUUCCGUUACCGGUUGGGGGAGGAUUAUCGGAUUGUGAACUUCGUUUGGCUUAUGACCCUGUCGGGGAGAAAUAUAAAGCCGUGUGUUUUGGUGGGCAUGCUCAUGAGAAUUUCUGCAAGAUCUUAACACUUGGGGAAUUUGGAAGGCAUUCUUGGACAAAUCUAGUGAAGCCUGGUUUCCGUUUCGAUAAACCUUACUACUAUGUGGUUUUCUCUAAUGGUGUUUUAUAUUGGCUUAGAGGUUGUACUGAAGAAUCCAUGACUGUUAAGAAAGCAAUAUGUAGUGCUGAUGUUAGUACAGAAACUUUGUAUGCUACUGAUCUCCCGAACGACGCAUCAUUCAGUGUGCUGUCUGUAGACGGUAAUCUAGUGAAGAUGGGAGGAUCCUCAUACAUUAUGAAUUGUACCGCCAGUACGAACAACUAA